CGACAGGUAUUCAGCAGGGACUUCUAUGCAGUGUCGGGGUGCAGCCGCGAUUGGCCAAACGAUGAAGUGCGCGACUCGUGCGAAAACGCGACCAAGCUCAGGGAUGGGUUUUACUCGAUCCCUGUCACUACUGAGCGGAAGAUAACCUACUCGAACGCGUUUUGUGCCCUCUGCAACUACGAUUUGGACAGCACAUCAAUAUUCUGGAAUGCUUCGGGAACCGGAGUCACGGGGCUUCAAGUGACUCCGCCGCAGUACGUCUCGCAGAACAAAGAUUAUUUUCUGUGGCCCUGUGAUUCGAGACUCGUAGACAUACAGACGUGCCCCGAAGGGUCCGACUUUGAAAUAAAACGAAAAUGCUCGACGUACUUCGCUCCGGUGAAGCUCGAAGGAAGCGAGUACGACGUCGUGUUCAAGAACGCCUACUGCGGUCUCUGCAACGGCGUCGACCCCUCGUCAAUGCAUUGCGUACCGAAACAACUCGUGCCAAAGCUAUGGCCCCGUCUGUUAAACAAAAAGGCCUCUUCUAAACCGAACCUCGUAACACUCAUUAGGCCAGUGAUGAGCCGAGACUCUUGUUUCUCGUGGUAUAAUAACAAGUGCUACAUAAGAAAUCUCCCGUACCACUUUGCUAACAUUUCUGCGACAGUCGAGAGUAGAACGGUUGGCAACACGACGAACGUGACCGGAUCCCAAGUCGAACCCUACAACGUGCAAACUUAUCUCACCCUCAUAUGCAUUACUCUGUCGCUCGUAUGCCUCUUCUUGAAAGGCGUUGUCUACGUGACGUGCAAGAGCGCGCGGAAGUUCUCGUCGGGGUGCACGCUGUGCCUUUCUGGAACGUUGUUCUGCAGCCACUUGCUUUUUCUCCUCGGAAACAGCUUCGAUCUACCCAAGACAAUCUGUCUUGGCUUCGCCAUUGCCCUUCACUACGGCUUCCUCUGCACUUUCUUCUGGACUAGCGUGCUCUCCUUCGACAUCUGGAAGAAUGUGGUGGCCGUUCGCCCUUCGUCAACUGGACACGGUAGCAUUCUGCUCUACUGUGUCGUCGCUUGGGGUGUUCCGCUUAUCAUCGUCGCGCUGUGCGCAGUACUGCACUGGACAGCUCCAGACUUCAUGCUGUCUCCUCAGUACGGACGCUACGCCUGCUGGAUUGGCAGCCUGUGGAGUCAGCUAGCCUUUUUCCUAACCCCCAUGUCCAUCCUGCUCCUGUACGACAUUAGCCUCUACGUCCACGUUGUAGUGCAUAUCCGAAGAAUGACCAAGCGCGCCGCAUUCUUCGACUUCAAAGGCGGCGGGACUAAAUCUAGCAUGGCCCUCUUUGUCAAGCUGGCGUUCAUCAUGGUAACCACGUGGCUUGUGGGUUUCGUUGGCGCGUUCUUCAAUGUCUUCGCGCUUGACAUCGUCGUCAUCAUUUUCAUCGGGCUUCAAGGAGUGUACCUGUUUUUCGGCUUCAAGGACUACCGCCACAUGUUCCCGAAGCGCCGGAAGAAACUCGACGAGAAUGCCGCCGCGAAUGCGUCAACGGCGAACACGGAGCUUCCACUUUCUGAAAAGGACAUCACAUCGACUUGCGAAUGUCCAACACUUUCAGAAUCAAGAUCAUUGCCAGGGGAAAAAGCUGUGCAACCUGACGACGUUGCUGCAAUAGCACCUGAAGUGGGGGAUGUCACUGCAUCCUGAUUGCGUGGCUGAAACGACAUCGCGAGAUACCGAAAGGAAUGGCGAGUUUAUUCAAGGCCACGUGAUGUGCAAGGUUGCACCAUCCCCUGAACCUCCAGGGUCUCGCUCCUGAAACCAUGAAGAGCGUCCUCUCUCUGAUUGCGCUGGCAGCUCUGUUCGGGACUUGCUGCUGCUUCCAAAGUGA